AUGACAGCUGCAUUUCCUAUCCGUCCGCGACGCGGCUUGUCGCUGCUGUGCGUCAUAACCGCAUUUAGCUUCAGUGUCAUCAUCGUCAUCUGGUUUGGCAUGAACUCCGACAGAGAGUACAUCCACCCCAUCCUCACGCAGUUGAUCCCCGCCGGACACUGCGCCUGCGAAUCAUCUACAACCUUCCAGUGCUCGACAUGCCUCACCUGCCCCGAACCCGCUGUGCAAGAAGAGACCUCCCCCGCUUGGUCCUUUCAAUAUGCUCGUGACGGUCGUAAUGAGGCGCUGAGUAAUAGCCAGUGCAAAGCUGCCUUCCCCGGAUUAUUCGAGGAUGUCGCGCGCGGUGGCAGGUUCUGGUCUUCACACGGUCGCUUGUCUUCGGUGGAACUCGAUGCGAUCACCAUAAAACAUGGUAUGGCGCGCGCAUAUAUCUCCAAUGGCCAAUUAUAUGUGGUCACGGCGCGGUCCAAGGGCGAGGAUCAUCGACGGAAAAUCCUAGGGACGUUGAGCUCAAUCCACCGUGCGCUGGCCGCCGACCCGAAACAAGCUUUUAGACCAGACAUUGAAUUUGUUUUCUCGGUGGAAGAUAAAGUCGACGAUGUGACCAACUCGGAAUGGCCGGUUUGGGUCUUUUCGCGCACUCCAACUGAAGAAGGGGUUUGGCUUAUGCCAGAUUUUAGCUUCUGGUCUUGGGACAACCGCGAUAAUUACAUGGGGCCGUAUGACCAGGUGGUGGAACGAAUCAAGCGAACGGAUAUCCCUUGGGAAGAGAAAACGCCUCAGUUGGUCUGGCGGGGCAAGCCUAGUUUCGCGCCCAAAUUGCGACGCGCGUUGAUGGAGGCCGCUAGAGACAAAUCGUGGGGCGACGUCAAGCAAGUUAAUUGGAAUACCGGUUCCAAUGUUUUAAAGAUGGAAGAUCAUUGCCACUAUAUGUUUAUUGCGCAUGUUGAAGGUCGCUCUUAUUCGGCUUCAUUAAAAUACCGACAGGCCUGUAAUUCCGUCAUUGUCGCACAUAAACUCCAAUUCAUCCAGCAUCACCACUAUCUUUUAGUGGCAGAUGGUCCCAACCAAAAUUACGUCGAGGUCGAGCGCGAUUUCAGCGACUUAUCUGAAAAAAUGGAGCCUCUUGUCAGUAACACCGAAACCGCUAAGCGUAUCGCCAACAACAGCGUGACGACCUUCCGGGAGCGAUAUCUGACCCCCGCUGCCGAAGCCUGCUACUGGCGGUCAUUGUUCGAUGGCUACGCCAGUGUGUGGAACGGCACCGUCGAGCAAUGGUCCAAAAGGCAGGACCGCGAACGAGGACUUCGAUACGAAUCGUUCGUGCUUCUGGAGAGCGUGAAAAUGUACGAAUUUGAGGCUGCUAGCACUGAACAAUGGCAGGCGAUAUUAUAA